UGAGCGGGGCGGGCCGGCCGGCGGGGCAUUUAAACCCGUCGGCCCGGCAGCCGGGACACGCACCCUUCCGCGCCCGCCUGCGCCCGCCUGCCUGGCUCCGGGUCCCCGCCCGGCGAGAUGAGGUCGUCCUUGGCGCCGGGGGUCUGGGUCCUCCGCUCCUUCUCCCGGGACAGCUGGUUCCGAGGCUUCAUCCUGCUGAUCACCUUCUUCAUUUAUACCUGUUACCACAUGUCCAGGAAGCCCAUCAGUGUCGUCAAGAGCCGUCUGCACCAGAACUGCUCGGAGCUGAUCAAGCCCAUCAAUGACUCCCACAGUCUCAAUGACAGCACGUGGUGCAACUGGGCUCCGUUUGACAAGAGCAACUACAAGGAGUUACUGGGGGCUGUGGACAAUGCCUUCCUCGUGGCCUAUGCCAUCGGCAUGUUUAUCAGUGGCAUUUUUGGGGAGCGGCUCCCCCUCCGUUAUUACCUUUCAACUGGCAUGCUGCUCAGUGGCCUUUUCACCUCACUCUUUGGCCUGGGAUAUUUCUGGAACAUCCACGUGCUCUGGUACUUUGUGCUCAUCCAGAUCUGUAACGGACUUGUCCAGACCACAGGCUGGCCUGCUGUGGUGAGCUGUGUUGGCAACUGGUUCGGGAAGGGGAAGCGGGGCCUCAUCAUGGGCGUCUGGAACUCGCACACAUCUGUGGGCAACAUCCUGGGCUCCCUGCUGGCCGGCGUGUGGGUGAACGAGCAGUGGGGCCUGUCGUUCGUGGUGCCAGGCGCCAUCACCGCCGCCAUGGGCAUCGUCACCUUCCUCUUCCUCAUCGAGUACCCAGAGGACGUGGACUGCACCCCUCCUCGGCACCACGGUGGGCAGGAAGAGAGCGAGGACGGCCCCGAGGACCCUGGGAAUGGUCCUUCGUCCAACAGGGAGAGUGGCCUGGCGUCCAGGUGCUCCAAGGACGCCGAACCUGUUGCCAUCAGCUUCCUGGGCGCGCUUCAGAUCCCGGGUGUGGUGGAGUUCUCUCUGUGUCUGCUCUUUGCCAAGCUGGUCAGUUACACCUUCCUCUACUGGCUGCCCCUCUACAUCUUCAAUGUGGCUCACUUUAGUGCCAAGGAUUCUGGGGACCUGUCCACACUUUUUGACGUUGGUGGCAUCGUAGGUGGCAUCAUGGCGGGGCUCAUCUCUGACUACACCAAUGGCAGGGCCACCACCUGCUGCAUCAUGCUGAUCUUGGCUGCCCCCAUGAUGUUCCUGUACAACCACAUCGGCCAGAGUGGGAUUCUUAACUCCGUAGUGAUGCUCAUCAUCUGUGGGGCCCUGGUCAACGGCCCGUACUCACUGAUCACCACUGCUGUCUCAGCUGACCUGGGGACUCACCAGAGCCUGAAGGGCAACGCGAAGGCACUGUCCACGGUCACGGCCAUCAUCGACGGCACGGGCUCCAUAGGUGCGGCUCUGGGGCCCCUGCUGGCUGGGCUCAUUUCCCCCACAGGCUGGAACAAUGUCUUCUACAUGCUCAUUUCUGCUGAUGUCCUUGCCUGCUUGCUCCUUUGCCGGCUGGUGUACAAAGAGAUCCUGGCCUGGAAGUCAUCCCUGGGCAGAGACAGAGGCUCUAGUCUGGUCCUAACCCACGUGCGGUAGUAUUUUCCUCAAGUCCCAUGACUUUGUAUAAAGAAAUAUGAGGCCUGGAUUGGAAGAGAAGCAUGGAGGACCCCAGCUGGGUCCCAAAGUGCCCUUCCUGGGCAAGGCAGUGGAGACAGACAGACAGACAGCCGGCCCAACCCAGCCCACAAGGCUGCACAGCAGCUGGGAGAUUCUCCCUGGGAAGGGGACUGCCAACAUGAGGAAAUGGAAGACUCAAGGGCUUGAGCUCUGAAGGCCGCCAGCAGCAGGGAUCAGAGCUGAGUGGCGUCUCCCCCUUGAUAAGGGAAGGAUUUGCUCAGACUCUCACUUGUUCAGAUUCCGAGGCAGAAGGCAGAGGCUCAAAAGGGCCAAGGCCUGGCAAGGUUCCUCUUUCCUCCCGUGUUACACUGGAGCUUCUGAUCAGCCUGCACCCGGAGGUGGGUUUCUAUCUGUUUUGGAGCCGCCCAAGCUGUCUUUAUCCAUUUGUCCAAGAGCCAGUUUCCUUGCGCAUUCCCCCACGUUGGAACUUUCUCCUACCCUCCAUUUCAUUCCGUUUCUAACUCCUGACCUGUGUUGCUAUCAGUGUUAUUUCUGUAGCCUCCAGGGCCAGGACUAGGGCAAGGCAGGGGGGUGCCUCAGGGGCACAAGCUAGGGGAGUGUCUUCUGGGGCCUCCCCCGCCUCCCUCGGGCCCAGUGCCCAUAUCAGGGCAGUGCCGCAGGGUGAGGGUGGGGGUGUGACUAAAAGCAUCUGCUUGUAUCAAGUAUUCUGAUAAUGAAGUGACAGUGGUCACCGAGUGCUCCUGAAGGCCAGCUCUGUUGUGGGAAUGGAGUUGACAGUGGGCACAAAAAGAGGCCCUAGGCCCUCAGCUUGAGGCACCAGCGUGACAAGACUAGGAAGAGGAUAGUGCCUGGUUUCUGCAAGCAGCUGCUCCCAUGUAGCUGCCAGGAGCUCUGUGCAGCCCACGUGGCCCCCCUGUGCUGCUCAGGUACUGAGUCUGGCCUCCCCGUGUCCUGGAGCACCGCAUGCCAGGCUAACUCCUGGCAUUUCUGUCUGACCUCUGGAGCUGCCCACCGGGCCAGCACAGAUUUCUCUUGCCAGCUGCGCCUGUGCUCAUCCUUGCCAGGCCUUGGCAUGGCAGCAGCAAGCUGGGGCUCCCCGGGCUGGUGGAGCCGUGUCCCAGGACCACAGGGGUGGUGUGCUGGUGCCGGUCACAGUCGGCAUUCCCAGAGGAAAUGCUCGCGACAGCAUUGAUGAGCCCCAUCCGAGAUACAACAGUUAAGAUACUGGCUGGAUACAAACUGCUCGACAUUGAGAUAGGUCAUAGGCACCCCGGUGGUGAUGGAUAGGUGGUCACACCGCCUGCUGCACUGAUUUUGAAAGCUGGAGUCAGACAGGGACCUGUAAGUCCUGAGGACCCCAGGGCAGGAGAGGCAGGAUUGGCACUGGGUUCCGCAUUUACGAAGGCUUCUUGCAACCAGAUCGAUCUGAGGUUACACCGAGGGGAGCCACGAGAUGGCGCUACAAUCCCACGGUCCGGCCCCAAGUGCCCUGCAAACACCUGCUUCCAGGAGGGAAACCCAGAGGUUUUUUCACCUGUCAACUUUCCGUCUUUGGCUGCAGACAGGUCAGGGUAGGAAGGGUGGGAUAGUGUUUUUGGUCCUGUCUCCAUCCUCGCCUCACCACUUACCAGCUAUAAGCCUGUUUCCUCAUCUAGAAAAUAGUACUGACAUUACCUACCUCAGAGGACUGGUGUGAAGAGGGUAAGUCAGCAUUAAACACACUCCCUGCCCUUAAGGAGCUUGUCUUAGUAAGAUAAGAUAGGAACAUGGAAAUGUUUCUAAACAAUACAAGAAAAAACCCUAGAAACAGUGACUGCAGCCAGAGGCCUUGUCACCCAUUAGCCCAGCCCUGAAGGGAUGGGGCGGUGGGAGGGUGACCCCAGGGCAGUGGAGGGAUGAGUGUGACAGGCAUGUAGGAAGAGUGCACAGGACUUAGGCGGGUCCUGUGAGGAGGUGAGGGGGAGCGGGAAUGCUUAUCAAUCCCCCAACCCGUGGACAGGGACUGGAAAAUGAGCAGGGCACCUCAGCCCACGCUGGUGCUCAGGGAGGCACCGCAGACGUGCAGAACGCCUGUGGCAGCUCAGAGCCUGGCCUCUGAAAGGAGGACUCGGGCUGUAGGUGGGAGUUGGGGGAGAAUAGCAAAGGUUGGACCCAGCCCUGAGUGCCCUCUGCACUGUCUGCCAGGCCCAAGGCCCUGGCCCACUCAGCCCUGGGCGCUGAGUCUUCCCCAGAAGCCUCCCACCUGCCUUCUCUCUGGGCUUCGUUGCUCACUUGGGGCUAAUGCAGGAGCAUUACGUUAAUUAGUUAUUCAUUUAAUUUAACUUCACAUUUGGUCUCAAUUAAGCUUAAAGUGCUCUUCCUUAUAGAUGUUACAAUAGCACUUGUAAUUAAAAAGCAAUAACUCUGCGCUUCUCCUUUAGAGAGCCACUGGGAGGCCGGGCUUGUGGGGGUGGGGGGAAAGAGGGAACGAAGAGGAAGGGAACCCGAGCACUACAGGCUGCCUCGGGGGCUGGGGUCGGGGAAGGAGACUCCCACCCAGUCACAGGUGCUGGGCUGGAGGCCCUGAGAACUGGGGAGAGGUGCUGGAGGCGAAGGGGCAGACCCUGUAUGCAAGGGGAGGGGUGGGGCAGGAUGGAGAUCGGGGGGAAGAGGGGGGCCCUAGAGACAGGAGCUCAGCCCGUAUAUUCUGUGAUCCACACCCUCAAUCCCAGCACCAGGGACUAGGCUAACUUACAUGGCAAAAGAGACUUUGUGGGUGUGAUCGAACACCGUGAGAUGGGGAGACUGUCCUGGGUCAUCAGGGUGGACCCAGUGUCAUCACAAGUCUCCCUGUAAGUCAGAGACCGGAGCAAGAGUGGCAGGUGUCCGGUCAGAAGACGCUGGCUUUGAAGAGAGAGGCGGUGGGCACUGGCCGGGGAACGGGGGCAGCCUCGAGAAGCUAGGAAGGCAAGGAAGUGGGAUUCUCCGCUACAGCCUCCACAGUCUUGUUUUAGCCUCAAGAAACCCGUUUCGGAUUUCUGAAUUCCAGAACUGUAAGAUAAUAAAUUUGUAUUGUUCU